CCCGCCUCCACCACGGGACUCCUGCUUGCCCCUCCAUCUCGCUGACCGGUCUGAGUAGGCAUGAAAGAUGGAGAAUGAUUCGACAUUCGUCGCUCCCGAGGGCGUUUACUCAAUCACAGAAGAGCACAAGCCCUCCCCGCUCGCGCAACAUACCAUCGCCGCUGCUCCCAUAUUAUACCCCACGAAAGUUUCCACAGUCUCUGUCCGCUUCCCAGCUACGAAGUCAAGCAACGCUGCAGCAGGCCUUUCACAGUUACUGGGAGGGAACCGGGAGAAGGAGGGCAAGAAGGAGAAGGUGGCUGCGAAGGAGCGCGAGGACGGGUUGAGCGUGUCUAGCAGCGACGAUCCGGACGACGGCUCUCCAGAUGCCUCCAGUGCGCCUGCUCCAGACAACUCUACGUCCACGCCCACCAUUCCGCAUGAGCAACUCGGCACACCGUUUGCGACACUUCCUGGCGGGCUCGGGAAGAGGAAGGCUGCUCCGCGGCCGAAGCACAGUAUGCGGACGACCUCUUCCACAUUCAUCACUCGACUACAGAACUCGGACAACUUGAAUAGAGCUUUACAGUCAAAGCAGGGUGAAACCACGUUCCUGUUCUACAAUUCUGCCAAAACGUUCGUCUGGACGGAGGCGGGUACGAAGAUCAAGGAGCCUUUGGCACGGAUAUAUUUCUCUGCAUAUCCAACUUGCCAUGACGUGAACCUUGCUACAGUAUCUUCCGACCGGUUAGAUAUAAUCAUUGGGUUCCAUACGGGGGAUAUAUUGUGGCUAGACCCAAUAUCGUCUCGUUAUGGACGCUUCAACAAACAAGGCCGCAUAUGUAGCGCAGCGUGCACGGCGAUACGCUGGGUCCCCGAGUCUCCCAACCUGUUCCUAGUAUCGCAUGCGGACGGCACCAUCAUCGUAUACGAUAAGGAGCGGGAAGACGGUUCAUUCACUCCUCAGGAGCCAGGCACGUCUCCACCAUCUGUGUCACCUCUAGAUCAUACCUCCUCCACCGACUCGCAAGGAGAGUGGAACCCUCUCGACUCCAUAUUCGUCACUAUGCCCCCAUGGCAUCCGGUGACGAUAGGCGGACCUGGAUCAGUCGGUGCCAAACCUGACAAGGAAAAGACGGCCAAGAAUCCGGUGAGCCACUGGAGGGUAUCGCGCAGAGGUAUCGUAGACUUCGUAUUUUCGCCGGAUGCAAAAUAUCUAGCUGCAAUCUCGGAAGAUGGUUGUCUCAGGGUGAUAGAUACUGUCGCCGAACAACUAGUGGACUGUUACGCGUCUUAUUUUGGUGCAUUCACAUGUGUCGCUUGGUCACCAGAUGGCCGUUUUAUUUUGACUGGUGGCCAGGAUGACCUUGUUACGAUAUUCUCUCCUUGGGAACAGAGGGUGAUCGCUAGAUGUCAGGGGCACUCUUCCUUCGUCACUGGAGUUGCCUUUGACGAAGUGCGCUGUGAUGGCCGCACGUAUCGCUUUGGAAGUAUAGGCGAAGAUAACAAAUUCAUAUUGUGGGAUUUUUCUAGUGGUGCCUUACAUCGACCAAAGCUACAUGCCGCACAUCAGCAACGCAUGUCUAUGACGUCCACGAUAUCGCUAGCGCUUCGUCGAAGGGGCGAGUCCACCCUCUAUUUGCCGCCUUCAGGGACACCAGGUGCCGAGUCUCCUCUACCACGAUAUCACCCAGCGCCAUCGCGCAAUGAGGUCGCGGUUGUACAGCCCGUCGUAGUUAAGCACAUUGGCAACGACAUGCUUACUGACCUCACAUUCCUUCCCAGAGGACUCCUGACUGCGACUAAGCUAGGGCAUAUCAAGUUCUGGAUACGGCCUCUGGCCGUCCAGCCACGACAUUUACGGACACAAAGCACGCUACGGCGUGGUUCUCAAACGGACUCGAUCAGCUGAUUAAAGACAUUUCAGUACUGCUCUCCUGUUGUGACGUUCUGUAUUCGAUAUCUAUUCC